AUGAGAAACAACAGUCACACAGUUUUUUCAACCCAUCCCCACUCUUUACCACAGACUCAGGCCAACCUUAAACUUCAGAAGCGACUUGCCUCCAGCGUCCUUGGCGUUGGUAAGAGAAAGAUCUGGCUCGAUCCCGCCGAGACCACUGCCAUCAGCGAAGCCAACUCUCGUCAAACUGUCCGCAAGUUGGUUGACAAUGGUAUCAUUAUCCGCAAGCCUGAGACUGGCCACUCUAGAGCCCGUGCUCGUGCCCACAAGGAGGCCAAGCGUGCUGGUAGACACUCUGGUUACGGUAAGAGAAAGGGUACUGCCAACGCCAGAAUGCCUUCUAAGGUUCUCUGGAUGAGACGUAUCCGUGUUCUCCGUCGCCUUAUCUCCAAGUACAGAGAUGCUGGCAAGAUUGACAAGUCUCUUUACCGCACUCUUUACCAGGAGUCCAAGGGUAACACCUUCAAGCACAAGCGCGCCCUUGUCGAGCACAUCAUCAAGGCUAAGGCCGAGGCUGCCCGUGAGAAGUCAAUCAGAGAGGAGGCUGAGGCUCGCCGCGAGAAGCUCCGUGCUGUCAAGGCUAGAAGACAACAGCGCAUUGUUGAGAAGAGAGAGGCUCUUCUCAAGGAUGAGUAA